AGUGCUGAAAAUCAACCUUUAAAAUGAAUUAUUUAACAACUUUUUUAUCUACUAUCAAAGUCGCUAAUGCUUGCGUUAUACCAAAAAGAAACAUGCUAAAAUGUUCAAUAAAUCAUAUAUUGAAUAAAAAAAUUAUGGACAGAUACCUUCGGCUUCCAAUGCCUUGUAAUAAGGUUCUUGCCACAUAUGUAUGGAUCGAUGGUUCCGGAAUUCACUUGAGAAACAAGGAUCGAAUAUUGUCAUGCACCCCAUAUACGGCAGAAGCUGCACCAAAUUGGGCAUUUGAUGGAAGUUCAACGGGUCAAGCCGCAACUGAUAAUUCAGACACGCUCCUCAAGCCUGCUGCAGUGUUUAGAGAUCCAUUCCGAUUGGAACCACAUGUUUUAGUGCUUUGUGACGUAUACAGGGGCGACGGAAAAGCAGAUCCGACAAAUCACAGAAAAUUUUGUAACGAUUUAUGUGAAUUUCACAAAGCGGAAGAACCUUGGUUUGGUUUAGAGCAAGAAUAUACCAUGUUGGACAUUGAUGGUUGGGGUCUGGGUUGGCCAAAGGGUGGUGGUUUUCCUGCUGUAAAUUACGAGUUCUCUUAUUGCGGAAUCGGCGCGAAAUAUGUUGCAGGACGAGAUAUAAUUGAAGCCCAUACGCGGUCAUGCCUUUAUGCCGGUUGUGAUUUUGAAGGCACCAACGCCGAAGUCAUGUUUGCUUGUUGGGAAUUCCAGAUAGGAACUACAGUUGGUAUUAAGGCUCCAGAUGACUUGUGGAUGGCACGAUAUUUAAUGACUCGAAUUGCUGAAGAUUAUGGCGUCGACAUUACUUAUCACCCUAAACCAAUGGGACCUAAACAUCCUGGCGUAGGCAUGCAUCAUAACUUUAGCACAAAAACCAUGCGUUCAGAUGGUGGUUACAAAUUCAUCGAAGAAUGUGUCAAAAAGCUAGAAGCUAAUCACAUGAAGCAUAUGAAAAGGUACAGUGUGGAUGAACAAGGAAAUCGUAUGCGACUCUCCGGUAAAUUUGAAACAGCACCAUUCGAAAAGUUUUCUUGGGGUGUUGCCAAUAGGAAAUCAUCUAUUCGAAUACAACGAAGUGUUAAAGCUAAAGGUAAAGGCUUUUUCGAAGAUCGACGACCUGCCGGUGACUGUGAUCCGUACCUGGUUUGUGGAUUAUUAUUGGAAACGUGCUUGGGACCAGCCUCAGGUGGCGGCAGAACAUGCAAGUAAAGUUCAUUGUUAAGUACGGUUUUUGUAAUAUGUUUACCCGAUAUUUCUGUACCCUAUGAGUUUUUAUCCAUAAA